AGUCUUUCUCUGUCCAUUAUCCCCCUUCCCCCCUGUGGCCAACACCUCUUCUGUCUGGGUUCCUCAAGCUGCUCGCUCCCCAUCUAGGCGAAGAUGUCCGCCCAAGAGAGUUGCCUCAGCCUCAUCAAGUACUUCCUCUUCGUUUUCAACCUCUUCUUCUUUGUACUAGGAGGCCUGAUUUUCUGCUUUGGCACCUGGAUCCUCAUUGACAAGACCAGCUUCGUGUCCUUUGUGGGCUUGUCCUUCGUGCCACUGCAGACCUGGUCCAAGGUCCUGGCGGUCUCGGGUGUCCUCACCAUGGCCCUGGCUCUCCUGGGCUGUGUGGGGGCUCUAAAGGAGCUGCGUUGUCUUCUGGGCCUGUAUUUCGGAAUGCUGCUGCUCCUGUUUGCCACACAGAUUACCUUGGGGAUCCUCAUUUCCACUCAGCGAGUCCGGCUGGAGCGAAGGGUGCAAGAAUUGGUGUUACGGACCAUCCAGAGCUACCGCACGAAUCCGGAUGAGACAGCUGCUGAGGAGAGCUGGGACUAUGCGCAGUUUCAGCUGCGCUGCUGCGGCUGGCAAUCUCCGCGGGACUGGAACAAGGCCCAGAUGCUGAAAGCAAACGGGUCCGAAGAGCUCUUUGUGCCCUGCUCCUGCUACAACUCCACGGCGACCAAUGACUCCUUCGGCUUUGAUAAGCUCUUUCUCUCCCAGCUAAGCCGGCUGGGGCCGAGGGCGAAGCUGAGGCAGACUGCUGACAUAUGUGCACUCCCCGCAAAAGCCCAUAUAUACCGUGAGGGCUGCGCGCGGAGCCUCCAGAAGUGGCUGCACAACAAUAUCAUCUCCAUAGUGGGAAUUUGUCUGGGAGUCGGUCUUCUUGAGCUCGGCUUCAUGACACUCUCGAUAUUCCUGUGUAGAAAUCUGGAUCACGUCUAUGACCGGCUGGCCCGGUACCGCUAGGCCCCAACCCACCGGUUGGCACCCACGCACCUCCAUGCAGUCAGGAACUGUUUCCUUCCUGGUUGGUUACAGGCUUGGAGCCCUGUGCCUCAGGCCUCAUUCUCUGGGGACCCAGAUGUCUGCCCUAAGACAGCCUUCACUUCCCCCACAGGGCCAGGGACUUUCGAGCCCAGCUUCCUUCCCUGCUCCCUCCUCCCCACACCAUCUGUCUGCCACCUCCCACAUGACACCUCAAAUAAAUCCCCUUCUUUUUUGGUAAAAA